AGGUGCAAGUUGUAUUCAUGAAGUUUACUGAAAAAAAAAGAAAAAAAUGCAGUUGAUCCAAACUGUUGAAAAAAGUGGAUCAUGAAAACAAUUUUGAGUAAAAUAAAUAUACUAAAACGAUGUCAAUAAUAUAUUAUUCAAAAUAUAAACUAAACAAGACCUAAGUGUAAAUGAAAGUAGCACCAUCAAAAUUUGUCAUUUUAAAAACUGCUCCUACAAGUGCUUUCAUGAACAGUGUUUACUGUUGGGGGCGCCAUCACUUUCUUUUUCAUUUUUUCUUUUCAAGAACUUUUCCAUAGUUGGUAACUAUCACCAACCGUGGGCCUCGGCCCGAUGGUUAAGAAUCACUCUCCUAUUUCAUCUACGUGAAGUGAACAGUUCUGAUGUUUAUUUAAUUUUUUUAUGAAGAAAAAUCUCUGAACAGUAGGACAAAAGUAAUGUUGAAUCAAUUGUCUUUAUUUUUGUAAUAUUAUUCUUUUGAAUUGUUAUACGUAUGAAUCAUAUUUUACGAAGUUUUUACAACCAUUCCUACGAUUGUUUUAUACUAUGUUGAUGGAAAGUAAAGGUCAUAAAAUCUGGAGGAAGCGCGAUUGGUCGCGCAUUUCCCACGUGGUGUGUUGGGGCGGGGGUAUAUUCGAGCGUAGUCUUCCUGGUAGCGCGUCUCAUUCGCACGUGUAUGCCACACUUUGAUAAAUAAUGCCUGUUUCGUUGUUUUUGGAGUGUUUGUUGCAUUGCUUUUCGUUUUCCAAUUACGCGUCGAGUGUUCACUCAUCAACUGGCUGUACGAUACAGCCAUUUCUCGUGAUGAUAAUUCGAACAACACAAGUGGGUUGUUAGCAUUAGCCUAGCAGCCGGUGGACAACAUGCUUUGAAUCACACUCGGCAGCGGGAGUGAAAGCAUGUAGGUCAGAAAAAUGGAUUACCACUUCCCAAGGCAGUUGUUUCCUUCGUUUUACAACUCUGGAACGCCAGAUCCGACCAUCAGACCAACAGGCGGUGGCACCUGGGGAAGCUAUGACCGGCUCAUACUUCAGGGUGGUUCCGGCUCCAGCUGGACCUUUUCCUCCCGUCAUCGGCCCCAAGGAGAGACAUGGUGUCACACUGAGCCAGUUCCCAUUCCUCUGUUCACGCCCCAGAAAUCUCUGUGGUCAUCAACGAUACCACAUCCAUUGCAGUUCAAAGAACAUAUGGAGAACUUCUACUUGGAUCAUGUCCAGGAUGCCUUUGGAUGCAUGAGUAGCCUUAUUUAUGAGAAUUUGGCCUCAAAGUCAUCGCGGAAAACCAAAAAAAAUGCGGUCCAAACAUUUCUACAAAAUAUUCAGAAGAAUCCACAGACCGAAAGUUUUAAAUGUCCAAAGUUCAAAGCUUGUAGUGGACUCUUGUGUGACGUGGUGCCAGACAUCCCACCGGAGCUUUUGGGAACUUUGCUGUAUGAAGAGCUGACGGAACAGAGGGAUGAAAAGUUGUUCUCUGAAAAAGCUACAGGAGGCGCUCUGGCGUUCAUUCCCUUUUCAGAUCAUGAGAAUGAUUCUGAGCAAGGCUGUCUGCUCUAUCCUGGAGACCAAGGACUGAACUGCCUCAACUUCCACAGAAUAGCGCUGCAGCACAGAGGAAGAAGCUCUUUUCAUCUGGACACCACUAGCAGCCCAUACAGAGUUCAACUUCAAGCCCCUGUCAGACAGAUCAGCUUUGCCUCCCUGUCAAGCGAGCAUUGUGUUGCUGUGCGCUCUGAUCACGUCUGUGGAGUUUGGAAAUACAGUGAAAAUCAAGACCCUUGUUUACUCCAAGCGGUGAAGACCAAAGAGAAGGCAUCCUGCAUCAGUGCGAGUCCACAUGUUUUGGGGGAAGUUCUUGUGGCGAGUGAAAGCGGAGCAGCUCACUUAUGGACCGCUGGAAAAAGAAUGCAGAAAGUUCGGGAGGAGAAUGACAACCUGUAUUUUAAUGCAAACUCCCAAUGGAGGUGGUGCGAGUUCACGGCUCACCCGAGGGUGAUGACAUAUGCUGACCGGACCGGCGCAGAGUUGACUGACAUCCGGAUGAGUCCUGUGUCUUUUCGAACUUUAUUCCGGAUCAGUCGCACUGCUGAUUGUCAUGCUGGGGAGAGACUUAUAACCUGUAGAUACCUGAGAGAUGUCCAUCCCUUCCAUCACAUCGUCGCCACGCAGUACUCAGCAUACCUCCUUGAUGAAAGAUUCCCCUGUGUUCCGAUGCUGAAGAUGGACCACAUGAUGCAGUCGCCCCCUGUGUUUUGUCACGUCUCAUCAGGAGUUGGGACCACCAAGGUGCUGCUGGGCUCCCAGAGUUCCCAGGAGAUCACACUGCUGCAGUAUUCAGGGGGUAGGAUGGAGGCGAGUUCAAGCUGGGGACCUCCUCAGGCUCUGCUUUGUCCCAGAGACAGUCUGAAACUGCUUCCAGUCCAGAUUCCUCACCGCCAAGCAACCACUCGCAACAGGCUGUCCUCACCUGCCGCAGGUCUCACACGUGUCCAGCAGAAGCCUUCAGGAAGAAAAGGGAGUGAGGACAAGUGUCUGUGUGUUCUGCAGUUGACUGAGGAUGGAGAUCUUUUCUACCAGACUCUUGCUAUGAGGGACUUUGACUCUUCAAGCCGUUCUCAUCAGGAGGAUGUCGCAUAUGAUUCCCAAACAGAAAGACAGUCAUCGCUUGUGCGUCAGUCACAGGCGACAGUGUCGGAAACAUCCAGUGAUGAGGACAUCAUCGGCCCAAGUCAGUUUGCACAUGGAGGCGUUUCACUUACAAACCUCGCACCAAGGGUUGAAGAGUCUUGUUCGGACUCUGAUUUUUCAUCAGACGAUUCACAUUCCCGAAGAAAACGAAGACAUUUAAAAGGCCUCAGAAACUUGGAGGUUGUUGUCAAUCUUGACCCAGAAUUAAAGCAAGGAAAUGAAUCGAAUGAUCAUGAGGGGGAAGUGACAAAUCAUGUUCAGUCUUCUGAUGCCUUGGACACCGUCAGCCACUUGGAUCACCCAGACUUGGCUAAAUUGAAAAGUCCUCCUGCAAAGCUGACUGACAAUGCUCUUUUAACUUGGAAGCGUUGGCUUCAGAAACUGGUGCGUCGCACGAACAAAGUCAAGCAAAGACACAGUUACAUGUUACAUGAUCGAGUCGCAGCUACGGGUCUCCUGAGUUUGUCACCGUCCAAAUUAGAGGACUUAUCAGAGAAGCUUGACUUGCCGAGUCUGAGGCGUGAAAUGAAGGAGUGCAUGGCGAGUCGUUCUCUGCUCACCAGCCGUGGCACCACAUCAAGUCCAAACUCUGUGGUGGCAUUUCCAGAUGUGGACACAAACCAAUGGCAGGACCACCUCAGUGAGCGUCUCACCCUUUCCUGGCAGGGUGAGGAAGCCUGGAGGGAUUGGUGGAAGGACCACUUGGGUCUGAACCGGGACAAAAAACUAGAAGCGUUAAGAAGUAAGAGGAGGAGGGAGAAGGCAGUGAGAAGAGCCAAGGGUCAGGUCUCGCUCUCUGAGAGCUUCUCUUCCAGUUACGUGACAGAUUCGGAAUAUUUAUCAGACUCAUCCGGCUGGUGCAGCCAGAGGACGUGGUCUGACAUGGAAGAGCUCGGAUCGCUCUCCCAGUUGAAGGGAUCAGAGGAGCAGAGGACGCCGCAACCUUCCCAGUGUGACGCAGCCAGGCCCUCGACCGUGAGCACCCCUCAGCACUUGAGAGUUCAGUCGGAGUCACUGAUGAGUCCUGGCAGAUCACACGUCCUCUCUCAGUCCCAAAAGUUUCCCAAAGUUUCCAACCCUACUGGGCUUGCUGGCAGCCCAGUGAAGACGCCACGUAAAUCGCUGCUUGCAGACCAGCCGGACUGGUUCUCCCAGGAUGAGGUCACAGAGGCACCACAUCCUUCGAGGGUAACCCCACUGCUCACCACCUCACAGUCGUCCUCUCUGGGAAACUUUGAAAUCUCUGCGUCCCAGACUCUGUCUGACUUCUCCCAGUCCUCCACCAGGACUUCACAGUGGCGGGCGAGGCAGUCUCAGAGCUCACAACCAAAGAAGAAGUCAAGAAUGGGAUUUUAACUCAAUGAAUGUGCAUCAUGCUGGAUUAGUGACACCUUUAUGUUUUGAUCUUGAAACCUACCGGAUUCCACCGAUGAUCUAAGAAGCCAUCAAGUACGCUGUGGACUUUUCUGGAAUAUUUUUUUUUUUACGCUGAACACCGAUUGGACAUUGAUCAUGAGCUGCAUCGAAACUGCUGAUCAAGUCACCCAGAGGAUGGAACAGAUUUGGUAAGAGCCUGUGCUGUCGAUUAUCUUUCUGAUUUUUAAUCGGAAGGAAGGUAUUAAAUACUGAAGUUUUGACUAAUUUUAGUGUAUAUUAUUGAAAA